AUUAUAUGACGCAAUUUAACAACACAGCAACUUAACUGGGGCAGAUAGAUGAUCAUGACAACACGUUAAAAUCCUUGGAAUCAGGUGACUUGUAUACUGCCAUAAACUCUGAAGUCUUUUCAUCCACUGCGUCUUUGUUUACAAGCUACUUGUCAACAGCUCAGAAUCCUCAGAUUGACCAGAAGUAAUAUAAAUUAUUGCAUGCUAAAACAAAAGGUACCAGACACAGCUUUCAAGAGAGGAAUGGCAAAACUGAUCAGCCGGACGGGUUUCCUGUCCUACACCUCGGGGCUGUCGGCAUUCAGGGCCGCCAUCAUCCAAGGUCAUCGCACUUUCUCCGAGUCCACCAAACACAAGCAGAACAACGGGGAGGACAACUCUGGUAGGACCCCGUACACCCUGUGGCCCGAUGCCAAGCUAGGUCCGCUAGCCCCACAGGAUCCACGGUUUCCUCUCCCGGGCAACGUCGGCCUUGGAUUGAAGCUGCAGCCCCCGCAGUCUGAGAUCCCCAGCCCAUCAGCAGGUCCAGAUGUUCUAACACAACCCCUACCGUCAGACCGACAUGCCAUUGUGUGGGCUUACUAUGUACAGGCUGUGUCAGAGGCUCAAUCUGAUUCUGAGAUCAAGGAAGCUUACAAUACUCUUCGUAACCAUCCCACAGCACUAGAGUGUAUCGCUCAGGCUUGUCCAGAUAGCCUCAGGAAAGGGUUCUAUGAGUUAUUCCCAAGCAGCGAUAUAGGAUCAGAUGCCAGUUUAACAGUAGUCACCAUGUGUCAAAGAACACAGCACGACAUGUCAACUUGGUCAUCGGACGUGGAGGAAGAGAGAGAGGAACUUCUAGAACAUUUUGUGAUGAGUGCUAAGGAGAUUUGUAAGAUCCUUAGAGAUGCUGGUUACUGGGCUGACUUUAUAGAUCCGUCAUCAGGACAAGCUUUCCUUGGCGACCCGAACCCGAACACCUCCCUCUUUGAGACAGAUGAGAGAUUCAAGCAGCUUGGCUUCGAUAUCGAGGACCUCGGAUGCUGCAAAUGUAUACGUCAUGCCGUGUGGGGGACGAACAUCUUCGUGGGGGCGAUAUUCACGGAUGCCCCCAACAACUGCGAUCUUGUCAAAUCUAUUCUGAAGCAGGGAUCAAGUACCGAUGUACCGCCAAAGACUAGUUAGCUAAAGUAGUUUUAAGAUAGUGUUCUCUAGGCCGUGCACCUGAUGUAACUAUUAUUAUCAAGGGGAAUUAAAAGGAUUUAUUAUUUUAAAGAUAAAUGACAGAGUAUUUUGUAGAUUAGGGCCUCCUACAGUGUGUAUCAAAAGAAUGGUAAUCGGAACUCAGACGGCUCGUAUGAAUCAAUCAUCGAAUGUUACAAUUUACAUUUACCAGAAUGUGAAAAGAGCAGUCCUUCAUCCUUUUUUAAUACCUUAUUUAUACAAGUGACAUGCAGAACUGAAGUUGAGAGCGAAGUUGGCUCAGUCGGUAAAGCGUCUGCCCGUCGAACCAAAGAUCGUGGGUUCGAGUCCACCCGGGCGGAUGACUGAAGUCAGUGCGUCUCUCCCCUGUUUCAUAAAUGCAGGCUAUGUUACAGUGGAAAACACUCCGUCCCUCGGAUAGGACGUUAAAUGGAGGCCCCGUGUGGAGGAGAAUCACCACCUUUGCACGUUAAGAACCCACUGCACUAUUCGAAUAAGAGUAGGGGAAACCCCGGUGUAGUGGUCCACCUGCAUUCCCCAACCAGUUAUCGGGAGGAGAGACCUGCGGGUCACAGUUCUGUGUACGCGCCCUUCUUGGCGACCCAGAUUGGCUGGCUCCUCCAAUGCGCCUUUGAAUGUCUUUGACAGAUAUAUGGCACUAUACAAAUGCUGUGCAUCAUCAUCAUCAACUGAAUAAAUCAAUUUGGAAGACGAGCUACAUGUACAGAUUCAAUUUUUUCAAGUUUUGGGGAAUCGGUGAAGAAAAUGGAAAUUGAGGAACUGAGGAACUGCAACCUUUUCAGCCUAGAAUUCAUAACAGGGCUAUGCAAAUUGAAAAAAACAAUCACUUUAUUGCUGAGGCAUUUAAUCUCAGCCUAACCUGAUACUAAAACUUGAAAAAUGGAAUUUGUGCCUGAAGUCUUCAACAUCAUUGAGUCAUGAGUAGUGUAAGAGCUACAAAUAGGCUAACAAUAAAAAGAUGAAGAGUUGCUCAAAUUUUCCUAAUUUAUUCUGGUAUCAAAUUUAAAAUGUAACAUUCAAUAAUCUCUGAAUAUUUAUAGCCUUCAAAAAUUGGAUUAUCUUUGUUAUGUUCACUGUACAGUGUAUAUCAACAUUCAUUUGCGUACGUGUGGUAUGUCUCCUUAGCUAGUAUUCAAUUCAAUUUUACAGAUUUUCAAUAUGACAAAAUUAAUUCUUGGAUAAUUUGGGUAUUAAAUUCAUGAAUUUUGUUUUUUUAAAUGUGUAUUUAUUUCAUGAAUUUGGUGGUCAUAUAUGUAAGUAUCUUACCCAUACCUCAUUAUUUGCUCAAAAUUACAAUCCUACGGUUUAGUUGUAAAUGCGCAUUGUUUCGCAAUGAAUUACUAAGCUAAAGGAAACACUUCAAAAUGUUAUCAUAUUUAAAAUAUAUAAACAGUUUUGCUGAAUUUUACUUCAUACAAAGAAUAUGAUUAUUAAACAGAUGGUAUGUAACUUGUUAUUAGAAAGGUUGUAUAGUUAUUUUCAUUGUUGCUCUCUCAAAUCAAUGCAAUCCUCCCAAGUCCUGCAUAUUGGCAAAUUUCUUCAUUAGUCCUGACAGUAUUAUAUUUCAUUUCAUACAAUAAAGAGGAAAUGGUGUGUACAUUGAAUUUAUAUACAAAAUGAAGCCAGAGUUUGGGGUUGAAUCUUUGAAAAGUGUUACAAGAUUCUUGGCAAUGAAUGCUGCAAAGUUAUUUUUAUCUGAAAGAAUAAAUGUUCACAAUUGUCAUCUACAUGUAUGUACCGUUCCUUGGCCAUUAUUUGGAAGAAUUCUGAACAUUGACUUUUCUUGAUAUUGCCUCUUUUUCUCAGAGAUAUGACAGAAUUGGUAUUUGGUAGAUGGGCCUUCCUUUUGGUUAGAAGUAUGUUCACUCAGAACCAGCAGUGAUUUUGAUUGGCAUGUCUGUGAAAAUAUGGGCGGGUACUUUAUAGAGAGAUAUGAAAGAGAAAAGACAAUCUUUAGAAUACCAAGUUGUGACAAUCAUAGCAGUGUCAUAUCUUGGAGAGAAAUAGCAAAAUUUAUGACAAAAAAGAAAUGACAGUUUUCGAUUCUAGAAUACAACCCUGGGUGUAGGCAAACAUUUGUCAAAUUUACGUAAUUCCUUUGCCUAAAGAAAUUGCACUUAAGUGAUGGCUGAGGAAUUGCACAUGUGAUCAACUACUCGGGCAUUGGUCAAAAUUUUGCCUAUAUGUGGCAAACGUAAAGAACGACUGAGAAUAUGAUUAUUCAUCUAAGGAAAUGUUCCACAUUCGUGAAGUUGUUUGUAAACUACCCUCUCGCAUCGAGGGAGAAUUAUCCUUCAAUUUAUGGUUGAUAUGUUGUACACAUGUCUCUGUAAUGGUGUUUAAGUCAUUAACCAAUUUUGUACACGGUAAAGUAAUUUACUGAGAUAUUAAGAGCGAAGCGAUUAAAGCAUCCGCUCUUGCUUCUCGCUAUUUCUGUGUCACCAAAUUAUCUUUUUAGUGAGAUAGCUGAAAGUUGAUACUCAAGAUGGUUCAAUCCAAUUUACAGAUGUGCCUAUGAUUAUGCAUUACGCUGCUAUAUUCAAAUUUAUUGAGCUCUUAAGACAAAUCACAAUGGGUGAUUUCAAGUCCGGUGUCGACCUUUUGGUGUUGGUGUUAGGUCAAUUUUUACACGAUUAUAACACCAAACAUAACAUGAAGAUGGUCCCGAAAAGUCACUCACUAGUUGUUGAGAUGUCAAUAAUGUGAUCUGGAUCAGUUUUACAAAAUCUGAAUAAGUUUUGGAGCUAGGGGAAGCAAUCCAAAUUCCAACACUAACACCAACACCAAGGCCAACACCGGACUUGAAAUCACCCAUUGUAGUUUUGCCAUAAGUGAUCUUCCAGCACUAAAUGGUUUCAAAUAAGUAUGAAAGAUUCUUUCUUUUGUGUCUACAUGUUGAAGCUCAUAAUGCUUUGAAAGAUAGCAUGAGUACUGUUUAUGGAUGAUUUUAUGAUGAUCAAUUCAACUCAUCUGUAGGAAAGAUUGUAAUAGUUUUAUACAUUGGAAAGAUAUUGUCAAUUUGUUGAUUACGAGUUUCCAAGUGUACAUGUAUGAUAGUCCUUCAAAUUACAUUAUUCAUACGAGAAUGGUUUUCAUUGUUAGUUUUCCAUGGGAAUAUACUAGUAUUAUACUUACUCUAGUUUUGCGCACGUAUUCAGAUUACCAUUUAUUUUCUACUAUCAACAUUCAACACAUGCUUAUUUUGUAACAAGUUGAAAACUGUGCAAUCAACACCUCCUUUUAAAGAGUUUAAAUUGGGUUAGGGUCAAUAGUCUAAUAGUGUAAUACACCUACAUGUGUUUUUAUUUGUUUUAAAAGUUAAAGGAAAUUAAUGACAUCAAUAGAUCACUCUAACAUCAAGAGAAAAAAUGGACAAGCAUAUGCUGUGUAAGACAAAAAUAUUGUCGUUUUUUUAACCUUGACAAAUUUUACUACACUAUGCUUGAUGUUUUAAUUUGCUUUUGAAAUAAUGUUAUUUUAUUAAGAUCAAUAAUAUUUCAUCAUUUUAAGAGGUUGGCCGAUAUUCGGUUGUCCAUGUAUAUAAAGCUACAGUAUUGAUUUGAAGUGAUGGGAGAGGAAUAUUUGAAGAUGCAAAUCGAAUAAUUCCUGUCAAAAGGUAUUUAUCAUUACAUGUAUGUCAGGAAUUCAUUUACCUCAUGUUUCAAUAAAGUAAUAAUAAUUAUUAUUAUUAUUAAUAAUAAUGAUAGUAAUAAUGAUAAUUGUUAUUAUUAUUAUAGUGUUUCAAUAAAGGAAGAUGCUGAAAUAAAA